GCCCCGUCAUUUCCUUCGCCGUCAUGUGCGAAUUCUGCUUCAGCUGUGCUUGUAGAAGUCCAUUGAGGGUUCUUGGAAUUGGCACAAUUCUAUGCCUGUGUGCAGUCUGCUUUUGGUUCUGUGAAGUUCUUACUCAGUUUAGGCGUUUUUCAAGAAUUGAUUGGGUUUACACGCAUUUUACAUUGGGGAAUCAUCACAGUGGUUUCUUCGGCAAUGGCUAACGAAGAUGACGUUGAAGAUGUAAAGGAUCUUAGUUUAGUUGAUGGAGAAGGAGAGACGUCUCCUGAGAAGAAUGCUGCAGUUGAGUUUCUCAGGAGAGGAAACCGUGAUUUCCGAAACUCAAGAUUUAAGGAGGCCAUUUUGUGUUACACAAAAGCACUCAAUGCUAAUUGUCUAGACCAAGCUAUGCUGUACAGUAACCGCUGCGCUGCAUACUGCAAGUACAGUCAAGGUAUACGGUUGAGACCAGCACGAACAUCAGAGGAAUCUGCUAUGUUAGAGUUGGAUCCUAUGACACUUGGACAACUAGCGUUGAAGGAUUCAGAGAAAUUGGUGAAGCUUCAAAGUGACAACCCUAAGGCCUAUUUACGCAAGGCUACGGCACAAGUACUGCUGGAGCAGUAUGAAGCAGCAGUGGAGACCUACCUGUCUGGACUGGAGAUCGAUCCCAUGAACAAACCACUUCAGGAAGGAUUGCGUGAGGUUAAAAUUUUAAUGGAGGGUGUAGAACAAAAUGAUAGCAAACGUCGCAAGUUGAAGCGAUCAGAUGAUCUGGAUUGCACCUUGUGUUUGAAACUAUUGCAUCAGCCAAUCACUACACCCUGCGGCCAUUCAUUCUGUCGAGCAUGUCUUCUUCAGGCUCUUGAUCACGGUAAUAAAUGUCCAAUGUGCAGGACGGUAAUUUUUGUGAGCCCCAAGACCUAUCCAGUCAGUGUAACUCUCAACAAUUUGAUUCAACGAAAUUUUCCCGAAGAGUUUGCGGAGAGGAAAGCUGAAAUGGACGCUGUCUCUCUUGCUGGCGGAGAGACCUUGCCGCUCUUUGUAAUGGAUGUAGUCCUUCCAAUGCAGCAAUUGAUGUUGAAUAUCUUUGAACCACGAUACAGGCUCAUGAUACGUCGAGUCGUGGAAGGCAAUCAUCGUAUGGGAAUGGUGCGUAUUGAAGAAUCGGGUUCCUUGGCGGAGGUGGCAUGCGAAGUCGAAAUCACUGAAUGUGAACCUCUUCCCGAUGGACGGUUUGAAAUUGAGGUUGUUGGAAAGCGUAGAUUUCGAAUGACAGAGACAUGGGAGCAAGACGGAUAUCGUGUAGCGAAAGUGCAAUGGUUACAAGACGUGGUUCAUCCAGAUGGUUCUCCGGAGAAAGAUGAGCUUGCCCAAAGUGUGCGGACAGCAGCUGACUUGGUAAACGCCUUCAUCAGUCGAGUCAGGGAUAUUGCAGUCCGUUCAGAUCGUCGCUUGUUAGAGAUGUUGAACCGUACAGAAGGCAUGCCUAGUGCCUCAGAUCCUGAGCGCUUCAGCUUUUGGGUUGCAAAUCUUAUGAACAUACCAGGAAGGGAGCGAUUGCAAUAUUUGCGUAUCACAGAUACUCGAGAGCGACUGACACGAGAGAUCACUCGGUUACGAUCAAUGCCAGCGGAUAGUAAUUGCUGCAUCCAAUGAUUCUCCGCCCGGAGAAUCAGAGUAGGAUAAUUCCUUGCUGUAGUGAGCUCAUUUUUAGGCUUCUAUAAUACUUGGCUGGUGGUCAAGUUUGGCACCACUUCAGCACAGCUAUCAUUUGUUAGUAGUGAAUUUGGAGCAAAUGUGUAGAUUCAAUAGGAUAUGGCAAGUCAUCGUAGCAGUAGGAAUCCUUCAGUAAUUUGUGAUAAUUUGACUCUCGAUACACUUUGUCUUUUUUCGUGUAACUGUUCUCUUAAAGUAUUUUAAGAAGAAUGGGAUGCUCUUGAUUCUAGAUACUAGUUUUUUAAGGAUUGUCAUUCGAAGCUCCUGCCCUUUUAUUAUUUUCUACUUUUUAUAUGUAUCCCGGUUUGGAUCUAUAAAGUAAUACUCAUGGGA